UAGCGGAGAGGUCAGAAAUAAAUUUCUAGUAACUAGGACUGUGGCAGUAGUAGUUGUAAAUGCAAGGUUUGAAGCCGUGUGGAAUCAAUGAUGCCAUUUCUGCCAGAUAACAAAACCAACGACCCUUGGAUCAUCAUUCUUCUAGUGAAAAGGCUAUCCACUGCUUCUCUUUCUUCCCACUAGCAAAGUGAGCUCAACAAGCCUUGCUGCUGCUUGGCUUCUGUCCGUUCAAUCUCCAGAGAAAAUUAUUUACAUAUGUACAAGUGAUCAGGCAGUUGAUAUGUGUCUAUUGCUGGUUCAUACUCAAAGCUUCUACUUAUCUUCUGUUUAUCCUUUCCCUGAUAACACCACUCACUUCUUGUUUCCUUGAAGCUUAAGGGCUUAUUCAAUUUCUCUUGCUUUUGUCAUAAAAAAAAUGGGGAUUUUUGAGGAAAAUGUAUCCGGGCUCAAAGUCCUGGAUUGUGCUCUAAGGUUGUUUCUUGUUCCUUUUAGCAUUGCAGCUAUCUGGCUAACCCUCACCAACCACCAAGACAACAGCAGCUAUGGGGAAUUGGUCUCUAGCUACUUCAUGGGGCUCAAGUACAUGGUUUACAUCAGCGCAGUAUCAGCUGGAUAUGCUCUUUUAGCUGCUGUUUCAUUGUGGGUCAGAUGUUUGGUUAGUAAAGCAUGGAUCUUCUUUGUAUCUGAUCAGGUGGUUGCAUACUUGAUGGUUACAGCGAUGGCUGCAUUGGGGGAAAUUCUAUAUUUGUCAUAUAACGGUGACCAGAAAGUUACAUGGAGCGAAGCUUGUACUUCUUAUGGAAGGUUUUGCCACAGAAUGAAGCUGAUUUUGGGAUUCCAUGUUGUAGCCCUGUGGUGUUUUCUCCUCUUAGCUGUUAUUUCAGCUUAUAGGCUCUUCAGCAGAUUUGGUCCUCCUACCCUUUCUUCUAAAGAGCCCGAGGAAGAACGAACCUGAAAUCUUUUCUUUUUCUGGGUUCCAUCUCUUUUUGUUGUGUACAACUGUAGAUCAUGUCUUCUUGCCUUGUGAUCCAUAAACAAUCAAGCCAUGAUUAUCCCUCAAUUGAAUACCGGUUGUACUUUUGCUGGUGGAAUAGGAAAAUGGGAAAAUUACAUAGCCACUCUCUCGGCGACUGAUUUUCUGU